AUGACUGCCAGCGACGCUACUAUUCGCCACGCAACCCGCGAAGAUGUCUCCGCAAUCUUCGGCCUCAUCCAUGAGCUCGCCGCCUACGAGAACUCCACCUCCUCCGUCCACGCAACCCCCGACAUCCUCUCUAAAACCCUCGCCUUCCACGACUCCUCCGCGCCGGACCAGUUCACUCCAGGCUACGCGCGCACCCUCCUCCUAACCGCCCCCGAAGGCGAAAUCUGCGGCAUGGCGCUCUACUUCUACAACUUCAGCACAUGGACGGGCGUGCCAGGCAUAUACCUCGAAGAUCUGUUCGUGAAGCCGGCAUACAGGAAAAGGGGGUACGGCAAGGCGCUGAUCAAGGCGUGUGCGCGGGAGGUUGUGCGGGUGGGUGGGAAAAGGCUGGAGUGGAGUUGUCUGGACUGGAAUACGCCGAGUUUGGAGUUUUAUGAAAGCCUCGGCGCGAAGCGGAAGAAGGAGUGGGUGGGGUUGCGCGUGGAAGGAGAAGGGUUGACGAAGCUGGCGGAAAGCUGA